GCAAGCACCUGUCGACCUACAACGUGUGCAGAUCACUUCCGUGCAAUAAAGGGUUUCACCGUUAUAAAAAAAAUCUGGAGACACGAGAAUAACAACAGAUGAACAUAACACAUGAUCAGCAGCUCCACUUUUCCUCCACUGGCAGAGAUUAAGAGCACGACAUCAGUCGGAUGUUGCCGAACUCCAGGGGUCAAAGGUGAACGUUCUGGACGGAAGUCGUCUGCGAAAAUAAGGAGACCGUUCGCAUUUGUUUUGACAGGCUUCUAUUGUCGAAAAGAGACUCCUCUGGCACAUUUCCAGCGAUGGUUUUGGAACCAUUUAAGUUCUUGCUAUGUGUUUUCAGCCAUUUAUCCUACCAUUAAGGUAUUCUGCUGUUUAAAAUUCAAUGGCUGGGAUUAAGACUUGGAAAUUUCGACUCGGUGCUUUAGCUUGCUUUUGCCUUUUAGGGAUCCUGUUCCUGGGCUACGUUUUGUGCAAUGGUUCGAACUGUGCCCUGCAAAAGUCAAACCCAGCCUCCUUCAGGAAUAACUACGAAGCAUACUUUGCAGGUACUUAUAUCAGAAACAAUUUUUCUCGAGAACUGUUGAACAAAGACUACGCGGUCAACAUUGAAAAUCAAGAUGUGAUAGUGUUUUUGCAUAUACAAAAAACAGGAGGAACAACUUUCGGUAAGCAUUUGGUGGAACACUUGGCUGUAAAUCCACGUUGUACCUGUGUUCACACAGACGAGAACGAGAAAAAACAUUGUGAUUGUCUGACAGCGAACAAGGAGGUGUGGCUUUUCAGCCGUUAUUCUACUGGCUGGAAAUGUGGACUUCAUGCUGACUGGACAGAGUUGAAAGCGUGUGUCAACGACUACUUUCAGGAGACCUACGGUCACAAGAGGAGAAGAUAUUUUUAUGUGACACUGCUGCGGGAUCCUGUGAAGCGAUUCAUCAGUGAAUGGCUUCAUGUGAAUCGUGGUGCCACCUGGAAGUCUGCAUCAUUAAAGUGUAAUGGCCAGGAAGCCUCCAUAAGGGAUGUACCAUUUUGUUUCACUGGACGAGAUUGGAGGGGUGUGACGCUGAUGGAGUUCAUGGCUUGUAAACAUAACUUGGCCAUCAACCGCCAGACUCGCAUGCUGGCCAACCUUUCCAAGGCCAACUGUUACAAUAGUACAGGAAUGACAGAGGAAGAGCGCAAUUCAAUCAUCCUUGAGAGUGCAAAAGAAAACCUAAUGGAUAUGGCAUUCUUUGGCUUAUCAGAAUAUCAGAAUUAUACUCAGUUUCUGUUUGAACACACCCUCAAUCUGCACUUUGUGGAGGACUUCAAGCAGCAUGAGAGCACCCACACAAGCCGACAGCCAAUCAGCCAGGAUGACCUUAACAAGGUUGCCAGACUAAACUAUCUGGAUAUUGAGCUGUACCAGUUUGCUAAAGAUUUGUUUCUGCAAAGGGUGCAUGAAGCAUUUAUUGAAGAGGAUAUUCCUGUACCAGCAGAUCUGAUGUAUGAACUGGAAACCAGAGCGAAGCAUGCAGAUGCAAAUUUUAAUCAGCACCAGUCACAGGAUGGUGCCAAGAAUGCAAAAGAAGGUAAAGUCAUUUCAGAGACAAAUAAUUUGGACAAAUUUGUUGUGAACAACAAAGAUUCUGCACGGGAAAAUGCAGAUUCUUUGGUAGAUGACUUAAGAGAUGAUCCAAGAUGAUAGGAAUGAAAGGUUUUCUUUGCAAAAGGAAUGGGAAGUGUGAAACUUCAGGUUAGUAGAGAAAGUCUGACUGACCACAGGUCACAAGGGCCACGUUCUAAAAGUGGUUUUCAAAGACUAAGAUGGCCAAUUGGUGCAGUGGUAAAUACUAAGUAAAAUGUUUCUAGGGUUGUGGGCCAUAGGCUGAGAUCUCGGUUCCAUUAUCCUUUGUCUCUAGCGCUUGUUUUCAGGAGUGGACUAGCUCCUCUUCAUGUGACCUGGGUUACUGAUGAAGCAUUAAGUACCAAGAACCAGCCAACCUUCCAAGACUACUGUUUCAAUGAUUUACUUAGAGAAUGCAAGUGGCUGGCGCUUAUGUUUUUGGUGUACACAUACCCACAGGAUUAAUUUGGUUGUACCACAAGAGACAGGGACAUUUUUGCUUUUCUCGCUGCAGAUUAGGCCUUUCUGACUUCACCCAAAAGGUUCUGGGCCAUUUUGGUGCCUCUAAGAUGGGUAGAUUAUGGUCAUUCUAAAGCAGUGUACCCAUGUUGCAGAGAUAUAUAUAUUAAUGAUGUUAUUAACAGUGGUGACUAUAAGUGUGUGCAUGCCCAUGAGAUCAUACUAUUUGACUUACGUAUUUAUAACUUGUCCAGCCAUUUGCUGGUGAGCAGUAACUGUCAAUGUACUACAUGGUUUGUCCCUUUGUAAGGGCUGUAUAUGAGUACCAUUUAUUUUUAUGAAUAGUACUAUUGUCCCAGGUAUUCAAGUCUGAAUGUACGAGUGAAACCAAAGUCCCAGCUUUGAUAGAAGCAUAGUUCUAGCGUAUUUUAAUCCCAAAAAUAAGUAUUGCUACAUAAAUAUUCUUGAAAAUGUUGACAUUGGCCGUGAAAGAGAACUUUAAACUUCAAGUAUUUUAUCUUUUUAUUUAAAUUAUUUCUCACCAUAUGAUUUUAUUCCCCAUGAAAUUUUGUUAUGUGUUCUAUGUAAGCAUUUUCAUUCCACAUAGUGGGAUAGUGGGAUCGUGUAAAAAGAUGAGGACUUUAGUCAUUAAAAUGUUAAGUAUACUUGCCCUAACCCUAACCCCGGAGACUCCAUCAGCAGUACAGCUGUACAGGAGCCAAAUAUUCAGCUUUGCAGGAGGCCACACCUCAGUGGGUGGAUAAUGGUUACAGGACAGAGAUUUUGUGUUAAUAGAAUAGUUUCACAUUAUCAUUCCACACAGGAUAGUGUCACAAAACUACCAUGUUUUAGUGUCAUUAGAAUAGUUCCACAUCAUCAGGCCACACAGAACAGGACACAACUCACCAGGGAGAGAGGACAUCAUAGCUUGUCUUAGCCAUACUAUAUUGCUCCGUUGUCACACAGUAAAAUUCUGUAUUAUGUUAGUGAGUUUUCAGCACAUAACCCAUAUUUUAUUACACAGGAUAGUUCUACAGUGACACAUGGGAUCACUCUACACAGCAUGUCAUACAUUUCCUAGAACAAGAGAGAGUUUUGGGUAGAUAAUUUUCAAAUUAACUUAAUGUAUAAGUCCAGCUAUGGGUCAGCAGAAAACAUUGAGACUGCUGAAAUUGAUUUUUCAGUAUUAUGAGUGAUGGGUCUAAAAUUAAAAACAAAAUGUGUAGGCGAGAGUCCAGCAACAGCUGUGGGAGUGCCUCCGUCAGUACCUAUUUGUGUGUGUUUGAGAGAGAGAAUGACUUUGACUCAGAAGUCUGGUGACUGUUUAGUGGGGCCACCCCAAGAUAUGGGAAGUGUCCUUUUAAGCUAUAUCCAUUCGCUUGAGAGUCUUGAGCUUUAGUUAAAGCUGACCUUUUGCUGCUUUCAACUUUUUUUCAUGCUUGUAUUGGCUGGGUUGUUCAACUAAUGAAUGUUCUGAGAUCAUCAGGUUUGUUGACGUGUACUUUGACGUGUACUUUUUUAAAAUGGGUGAUUUAGGCAUGAAGAAUUUAUAUUUCAGUCUAGCUAUUAAAUGCUUGUGUGUGCGUGUGUGUUCACUUCCAAACAAUAGUACUUACAAAAUAUGCUUUGAUAUACCUCAUUGUCGACACAUGAAAGAACUUUAGAAGUGGUUGACAAAUACCUUCAGGGCAUCUCAAAACAUGGUGUAAAGUCUUGGAAGCAUUGAAGCAGUGAUCUUUAAUUAGGUUUUUAAUGGUUUUUCUGUUUUCUGUGACAUUUGUUAUAUUUAAAAACCAGUAUUUACAGAAUGCUUUGAUCAUGUUAUUUUUUAAUAACUAAACACUUUUUGGACAGUUUAUGGUACAGGGUGGCAUGUAUGUGGAUGUAUAUUUUGUUUUCAAAGUGCUUAAGCUGUCAUCCUUAUAUAGUGGAUAGUUUUGGUUGUUGGGGGCUGGCCAUCAUUUUAAAUCACUUGUCUGGUAAUAAGUGAACCUGAUAUAAUUGCUGUUUAGCAGCUUAGAAACAUGUCACCAAGUACUAACAUGAAGUUGAGCAUCAAACAUUAGAAACAUAUCACCUAGUACUAACAUAAAGUUGAGCAUCAACCAUCAGAAACGUGUCAUAUAUUACUACCAUAAAUCAUUGGAUAAAAGCUUCCCAUACCAAGAAUACUCUUCAGCUUUCACUUCUGACCUUGCUGCAUUGUAGUGUGCUUGCCAUAUAGUGGGUUUUGGUCAGAAUGGUGUUUGUGUAACUCAGAUUGUAUGGGCAAACAGAGAACCCGCUAAGGUGACCUGGUAUAGCCCUUGAAAAUAUUUCAUUUUAUUGAGUGCAAAGUAAUCAGUAAAAUAAAAGUUUAAAUAAUAUUGGUGUUAUAUAGUUACUAGUAGUUAUAUUAAUAGUUAUUUAAGUAAAUAUAUUAAUCAUACUAGUACGUGUAUUACAGUUCAGAAUUUAAUGUAAAACAGCAGAAAAUGUUCCUUGCCUCUAGAGACAUUAGAAGAGCUGUCUCCAUGGCUGUCUUGCCUUGUUCCAUUCAUUUUGUGUGAUCUGUCUUGCAGCAUUACAUUGAGCUGGAGUUUUUCUGAUUGACCUCUUGAUGCCUCUCCAGAGGCCUUUGCAUUUGCUACUUUGUGGGGGUUUUAUGUAUAAUGUUUAUAAGAAUACUUUAAGUAGCUUGAUGCUUUUUGUAUAAUCUAUUGAUCAUUGAAAAAGAAUUCCUGGCUUGAAUUGACUGCAUAUACCAUAAUUGCAUGGGUCAUCAGGGUUGUCUUUGACAAAAUCUGAAUUUUAGUUUGUACUU